AUGACGGCGGGACGGCCGGUAGUCAUUGGCGUCAAACAUAUGUCAGUGUCACCGUCAACUCGCCCUAGUGGCUGGAGCAACCUUCAGGCCAACGCCCCGCGCACGCCUCGCCCUGUGCAGCUGUCUAAUCAACGCAGCGGGCUGAGCAAUAUCUGGGGAAGGAUGAUGGCGCGAAUCCUGGAAAAAAAAAAACGCCCUCCGACAGCGAAAGGUGGGCGCGAUGGCGCAUAG